AUGGGAGAUGAGCCGGCAUCAGAAAUGGACUCUAACAAACCAAGUCCAGGGAGCGAAGCUCCGCCCGAACUGGACCGGCAACCGUUCGGUGGAUUGGAAUUCCAAGUUUCAGAGGUAGUCGGAAGAUUAGAAGCUGGUGUGAAUGCUCAGGAUGUAGACGAAGAGGAGAGGAAGCCUGAAAUUCGAAAAAUAAGUACGGGGUUUUUUGAACCUGAAGAAUUAUCAAUGGAUGAGAUUUUAAAAGUUUUAGAAGAUCUCGUGAUUAAGACUGAUCCCAGCUGUGAGAGUAUGGAACCCCCUUUAUUGCCUACGGACGCUGUGACAAGGGCAGCUAUCCUAUCUCACAGCAUCACUGCUCUAUUUGCCAGACUUGACAGAAGUCAUGCUGCAAGACUUGGUGCUCAUAUAGCAAGUGAAACGACACGUUGGAUGUCACAUAUGUUCAGAUUAGUAGAUUAUAAUGCAUUCUAUCACCAAGAACCUUUAGAAGGGCUUGUUAGAGUGACGAGAAUGUUGCUCCAUCACAGAUAUCCGCGUUAUCUUGAAGAUGGAGCAAUGGCCUUCGCAAACCGUCUACCAUCUAUAUACAGUUGUGUGGCAAGUCCAUUAGGUGUUGUACAACAUUUGUGCAGACAUCUCGGCAUACCUCUUGCGUGUAUACGCCCUGUACCUGUAGGGCCUUCUGGCAAAGGUAUGGAUUUGGAAGCGUUAGAGCGUCUCUGCGACGAGGAUAUAGCGGCCAACCGCACCCCCGUGCUGGUGCUGGGCGAGGCGGGCGCGCCCCCGCUCGGCAGCGGCGUGCCCCUCGCGCUGCUGGCCGCCAUCUGCGCGCGCCGCAACGUGCACCUGCAUGUGCGGGGACACGCGCUCGCGCUGCCCGCCGCGCUCGGCAGGGAACAGACAUACAGUAUAGCAGAUUCGCUCACGUUAACGCCUGGGCCUUGGUUCGGCGUCCCCGGCCUGCCAACUGUUACAUUCUACAAAAUUCCAGAAGCAAUUACAGCUAAUGAUCUUUCGAAAGGAGUUAAUUCGACGGGUAGCAGGGAGGGGGCAUUGGCAGCGCUAGCGGGGCUGACGGCGGGCGCGGCGCGGCUGGCGGCGCUGCCGCUGUGGACGUGCGCGCGCGCGGCCGGCGCCCGCCGACUGGCGCGCCGCCUCGACGACGCCGCCUUCCGCUCCGCGCGCGCUGCCCGCGCCGUGUUCGACAGCGCCGGCCUGCGCAUACUGAGUGAAAGACCCGGAGGAGAUGAACCGCCAAAUUUAGAUUUAGUAGAAGCAGUCAGUCAAGCGUCAGCGUGCGUAGCGUUCCAGUUCGCGCCGCCCGGAGCAGAGAAGCCUCCGCCGUACUAUGACAAGCUGAACUCCUGGCUGGGACAGGUUUUGCAGAGAGAGGCUGAUAUGAUAAGUGUAGAAGUGUGCGAGACGGAGGCGCACGGGGUGGUGCUGCGGUACUGCCCGCUGGAGGGCGGCGUGCUGGGCGACGGCGCGGCGCUGGCGGUGGCGCUGGACGCGCAGCUGCAGGUGUUGCGCGCCACCGCCGCGCUGCGCGACCCCUUCCGCGCCGGCGUGGCCGCGCGCGCCGGCCUGCGCCUCGUGCACGUGCCGGGCUGGGCCGGUCUAGGUGGAGUCCGUUACGUACCACCUGGUUGGGAAGAAGCGCCUCAGGACGAGUUGAAUGCACUGAACAGACAGCUCGUGGAAACUUUGAGAGCUACUGACGGUGCUUUCUCAUGUGGCGAAGGAGAAGACGGGCUUGCUUGUGUUAGAUUCGGCAUGGUGACGUCGGACACGGAUGUAGAUGAACUGCUGGAGCUGGUGAUAGCAGCGGGGAAGGAUGUCGAAGAGAACUCUAAGGCUCUCACUGAUAUGACUGAGGUGUUGAAGAAAGGCAUCUCGGCCGCGCAGGAGGAGCUGGCGCGGUCAGCGUGGCAGGACGGGCUGCUGCGGCGCGUGCCGGUGGUGGGGCGCGUGGUGGCGUGGUGGGCGCCGCCCGCGCCUCCCGCCGGCCGCCGCCUGCUGCUCGCGCACGGCACGCUGCAAACCACCGACGACGUCUACAGAUAUGUCCAAAAGAAAGAGAAGGAAGAGCCAGCUCGCGCGCACUCGCCCACGCGGAAAGAGCAGGACAAAAAA